AUGGAUCGCAUAUUGCUUGCGGCAGCAACGUCAGGCAAUGUCACCGACCUUAAUCGGUUGGUUAGGUAUGGCCCUAAUAUCCUGCUUGGCGAAACUCCUCUUCGUAACACAGCACUUCACAUUGCGGUGAUAUAUGAGCACGAGCAAUUUGCCAAAGAGCUAUGUUCAAGUAGCCCAUCCCUCCUUUUGAAACAAAACUCAAACGGAGAGACUCCAUUGCAUAUCGCUGCUCGGGCUGGUCAUCACUCUCUGGCCACUUUUUUUAUUCAUGUUGCGUCCCACAUGCCUCGCGAUAUAGAGAGUGGCAACCCUCUAAAACAGAUGAUGAUGACAAAGGAUAAGGAUGGGAACACUGCUCUGCACCAUGCCUUGCGGCAGCGCCACAGCAGCCUAGCACUGGAGGUCCUGCGGGCAGAGCCCGAGCAGUCGGAAUUGAUGAACAACGACUCCGAGUCACCAAUGUUCAUUGCAGCCUAUAGAGGAUUAGUUGAUGCUGUGAGAGCAUUGAUGCAAGCUCCUUCAUCUAAUUAUGGAGGACCCGAAGACAACACUGCUCUGCAUGCUGCUACUUUUUCCGACCAUUCAAGCAUAGCGGAAAUAUUGUUGAGAGAAAGGCCGGAGCUCGCCAAAGUUCCGAACAACGGUGGGUACGUCCCACUAAUUAACGCAAUAGAGGACAAUAGACUGGAGAUGGUGCAGUUGCAUCUAAGGUUUGAUCCCUCCGUAGCAUACAUCAUGCAUGAAAACGGCUCGGCCUUUCAUUCGGCUGCUAGGAUAGGCAAUGCACGCAUAGCCGAAGAGCUCAUUCGCCACUGCCCAGACGUAGGUUUUGCAGUUGAUGGCAACGGCCGGAAUGCACUUCAUGUCGCAAUACUUGAAGAGGAGGUGGAUUUUGUUAAGUACAUCCUAAAGACACCUGCGCUUCAUGGAUUGCUCAACCAGCCAGAUAAAGAAAAGUACACUCCCCUGCAUUCGGCUGCGGAGCGUUGCAAUCCCGAAAUACUUCGAGCUAUGUUGGCUAAUGAGAGGGUGGACCGUGCGGCCUUGAAAGGGAUCGGGAGUGCUCUCGACGUCUUUGCUUUCUUGGAACCUGCCAAGACUUUGAAAUGGAAUGAGGUAUAUACACAGUUGGUUCGUGCCAUUCCCGGCGAGAGGGGAAGUUUAACAUGGCACAACGCUAGAAAAAGACUUACCGAGAAAGCAAACAGUCAAAUCCGAUCAUUAACUGAAAGAUACACCCAGAACACCACGGUGACGGCCAUCCUCAUUGCCACGGUUACUUUCGCGGCUGCCUUCACAAUGCCUGGAGGGUUUAACAACAAUGGGGGCCCUGAUGAAGGCUUGCCAAUUCUAGCAGGGAAAGCGGCCUUCAACGUGAACUUAAAGAAGGAAGCCACCGAGAAAGAUCCAUUUUGCGUUAAUUUCCACACCGGUGUAUCGGCAAUGUGCGAGGGCUUUAUGUGCUGCAGCAGAACCACUAACGAUACUGGUCCAUCUGAUGAAGUGUGA